ACCAGGAUGAUUUUGCAAAAUUUCACCGUUCACACCACCACGAGCUUCCUUAGAUCCGCCACGUUCUCUGCCGUCAAAACGUCAACGGCGAAUGCGGUGCCUGCCUCACGUGCCCAUUCUUCAUCCACCGCACCCUUCGGAUGCUUCAUCCAUUCAUAAACCAAUGUUGAAGUCCAUGCUUGGAUGCUGCAAAGUAUACAUAUCAGAGAGCAGAAACAAGACUGCAUUAGAAUCUAUUGAAAAAGCUGCAAGUCUUUUUCCAAAGGCUCCCAUAAUCAACAAGUUUGAGGAUGUGGACUACAACAGAGUUGGCUACACUCUUGUCUCUGAGUUUGAGGAAUCAGAGCCAUCAUUGUCGUCGUCAUCAUCAUCAUGUCAAUUGACAUGUGCUGUGCUUGCAAUGGUGAAGGCUGCAUUUGAUGCAAUUGACUUUGGAUUGCACAGUGGAACUCAUCCUAGGCUUGGUGUUGUGGACCACAUUUGUUUUCACCCCUUGGCUGGUGCUUCCUUGGACCAAGCAGCUACGGCUGCUCGCUCCUUGGCUACAAAAACAGGCUCUACCCUGCAAGUACCUACUUUUCUAUAUGGAGCAGCACAUGAAGAAGGGAGGACGCUUGAUUCAAUCCGAAGAACACUUGGUUAUUUCAAGCCAAAUGCCAAUCAAAACAGAUGGAUUGGGGGGCCAACAUCACACACUUUGCCCCUGAAUCCAAACAGUGGUCCUGCUCAAGUGACUCCAGCUAAAGGUGUUUUGAUCAUUGGAGCAACGAAUUGGGUUGAUAAUUACAAUGUCCCUCUAUUAUCUUCUGAUAUUAGUGCUGUUCGUAGAAUUGCGAAACUUGUUAGCGGAAGAGGUGGUGGGCUUCCUUCUGUACAGGCCAUGGCACUUGCACAUGGUGAAGGUGUCAUUGAGGUAGCCUGUAACUUGUUGGAUCCGAAUAAAGUUGGUGGAGAACGAGUACAAAAUAAAGUUGAGUGCCUUGCAAAGGAAGAAGGUAUUUCUGUGGGAAAGGGAUACUUCACAGACUUCUCGCAAGAAGAAAUUAUUCAAAAAUAUUUGGAGCUGUUUAAGGAGAGAAAUUGAUGGCAAACAAUACCAGACUUUCCUCAGGUCUAACAGGGCAAUUUUAGAAGUUUGGACAAACGAAAAUCACGAGUAUGCUUCAAUUUGCAAAAAGGUUGAAGCUGUUGUGAAGAAACCACACACACCCCCCAUGGAGUUCAAUUCCACUAGCAAGGUCAGAAAGAAUAUCUUCCUUCUUCUUAGUUUCUGUUCAGUGAUCUUAUCUGAGGAAAACAUGUGUCUAUAGAUCAUAACAGAUACUAUACUGGCGAAGUUUAUGGAUUAACUGAGUAAUCACAUGCAUAUUUUAAGAUCAAAAGAAAACCAUAGACCAAUCCAUCUUAUUGUGCUGCAAAAUCUUUGUCUCUGAGGCGCGCAAUCUAGCAACUCUUGAUGCAAUAGAAAGAGUAGCAAGGCUGAACCCAGAGACCAUCAUUGUGAAGAAGUUUCCUGACCUGCCUUACAACAGAACCAGGUACACCCUUGUGUCUUAUGUACUGCAUGACUGCACAGGAAAUGCCAUAUACAGCCCCUUGCACCAAUCU